AUGGCUGCCCGCUGGCUGGCCGUGAUCGCGCUCGCGGCCGGAUGCGACGCCCUCUUCGCGGCGAAGAGCGAGCCCGUCGUCGAGCUCGACGGCGAGACGCUCGAGGCGGCGCUCGCGGCGGCGCCGGUGGCCGUCGUGUCCUUCGGCGCGCCCUGGUGCGCCCACUGCCGGCGCUUCGAGCCCCAGUUCCUCGAGGCGGCGAGCGCGGUCCGGGACGCGGGCCUCGACGUCCUCUUCGGGUCCCUCGACGCCGCCGAGGACCGGGCCGUCGCCGACGCCUACGGCGUGCGGGGCUACCCGCACGUCAAGUGCUUCCGCUUCGGCCGCUUCGUCGGCGACUACGAGGGCCCCAACGAGGCGGCGCCCCUGGCGCGCUGGGCGAAGCGGCGCGCGCGGCCGGCGGGCCGCGUCGUCGAGCUCUCGGGCAAGUCGUUCGCGGCCGUCGUCGACUUCCACCGCCGGGACCCGGCGAGCGACGCCGACUUCUUCGUCCUCUUCCACGCGCCCUGGUGCGGCCACUGCGCGUCGCUCGCGCCGACCUGGGAGGCCCUCGCGCGGCUCUACGCGCCCGUCGACUCCGUCGUCGUCGCGCGCAUGGACGCGACGAAGAACGAGAUCGACGACCCCGGCGUCCUCGUCGACGGCUUCCCGACGAUCUACCUCUUCCCCGCCGACCGCGACGCCAAGCCCGCGCUCUACGAGCACGCGCACGACCUCGACUCGUUCAGCCGCUUCCUCAAGGAGCGGGGGACGCGGUCCUUCGACGUCGCCGGCCUCAAGGGCGGCGGCGAGUAUAGAGAGGAGCUCUAA